AUGGGGGACUCAGGAUCCAGACGAUCUACUCUAGUAUCUCGGUUGCCAAUAUUCAGGAGAAGUAUUAGCCGGAGACACGACUCCCUUCCUUCCUCACCUUCUUCUGCUAAUGCCAUUGGUGUCCACACCUCCUCCCCAUCCAGCACUAACUCCAGCUCAGGGAGUACAGGCAAGCGCCGGAGUAUUUUCCGCACUCCUUCCAUUAGCUUCCAUAACAAGAAAGGGAGCGAGCAGAAGCCUGACUCGGCUAGUCAAACCGUUAACAUCUCAAAUGGUGCCCAGUCCUCUCUCAGCACUUUUCAAAAACUGAGCUUAGAGGAACACAUUAAAAGCAGAGGAAGGCAUUCGGUUGGCUUUGGCAGCUCACGUAGCAAGAAGAUAACAAGGUCUUUGACAGACGAUUUUGAAAAGGGAAAGGAGCCCUCAGCUAAUAAGAAUGUCUUUAUAAAUUGCAUAAGCUCUGGGAAGAAUGAGGGUGAUGAUUCAGGCUUUGCAGAGGAGCAGAGCCGAUACUCUGUCAAACAAUCCACGCGAAAACUUCUCCCUAAAUCUUUUUCAUCGCACUACAAGUUUUCCAAACCAGUUCCGGAGAGUCAGUCAGUUUCCUCUGUGCCACAGUCCAGGUGCUUGCUGGAGGUUAAAUCGUACGUGGAAAGCGAACCUGUGAUUGCCAAGUCCUCUCCUCCAUGUUCGGCCGAGACGACAGAGUGCAUGGGAAGCUCCUUGCAGUCCCCACUGCUCUCAGCUGACCUCACGGCUGCCCAGACCCCCUCUGACUUUGUCGCUCUGACAGAGGAUUCUGUUUCGGAGGUUGAUGCUCUGCCCAGCAGCGGGACUGGGGUGCUGCUCUCAGAGGAUUUUGGCCACAAUGUCUCUACCUCUCAGGUCUUCUUUAAUCCUGCUGCUGCUUCUGCGAGAGAAACGGAUAUUGUGGAAAGUACUGGCCAUUCUGCUGGUGUAUCUCCUGUGAGUCGCGCGAGCUCAUGUAGUGUUGAAUCUAAUAACUUAUUCAAAACCUCAGCUGCUAAUCAAACAAAAAUAUUGUUGCAAGCCAAUGAACUACAUAUUAACGAUGCUAGGCACAUAGGAGAAAUUAAUUCAGCAAAUGCACAUUUAGAAACCUUUGCGUUACAGCAUAGAGAAGAACCAGUGAUACUCUCUCCAAAGGCACAGGAGUUGAGUGGGGACAGAGAUGAAAGCACGCCAUCCAAGCACAUGAGAGAGAGAAUUCCUGUAAUGGAGUCUAAGAUUGUUCCAUGUUCUGAACCUCAGUCCUUUAAAACACAACAGGGUUAUGAAACAAACUGUUCUAAAGUUGAUCUUGUCAAUAGCUUCAGUCCAUACCGAGAAGGCAGAUUUGUUGAGAAACGACUGAGAUCCUCUUCAGAAGGUACUGCUGGAGGCAGUCGGCUGAUCAUAAAACCAAAGGAUGGAAAUACAGAAGAGCUUAACAGCCUACGGAAGCAGAGAGCAAGCUCAUCCUCUUCAAAAAUGAACAGCAUGGAUGUUUUGAAUAACUUGGGUUCCUGUGAGUUGGAUGAAGAUGACCUAAUGCUUGACAUGGAUUUCCUAGAAGAACAUCACCACCAUCGUUCUGUUUGCCGAGAAGACUCCUACCAGUCGAUAGUCUCAUGUGCUGCUGUAGUACUUACCCCUGUAGAGCCAACAGUGGAUACAAGGAAAAAAGAACAGCCAGUAAUGCCUGAUGUGUCUAAACAGAACCUGUCUCUGAAGCUGUCGAAGGAGGUAGACCAAGGAGAAGCCAGGUACCCUCGUGUUAGCCAGCUGGCUGGCAGCCCGUCUGUGGAGUGGCCUUUUACUGGUCUGGAAGAAGGUGGAGGCAUUGAAUCUUUGCCCUUCAGAUUGAUGCUGCAAGACUGCACAGCUGUAAAGACAUUGCUUCUGAAAAUGAAGAGGGUUCUUCAAGAGAGUACGGACAUGAGUCCAGCUAGUAGCACCACCUCACUCCCUGUUAGCCCUCUUCCUGAGGAGCCAUUAUUUUUCAAGGAUGGAAUAAAAGAUGAAUGCUCAGUGCUGAAGCUGCAGCUGAAGGAGAGAGAUGAACUCAUAGCCCAACUUCGUGAGGAGCUGGAAAAGGCUCAGUGCUUUCAGAAGGCUCUUGCUUCCCAAGCAGAUAAAUCCACGCAGACAGAACUCCUGUGUGCUGAUGGGCUGUUACUAAAGCAAAUGCAAUCUGAGGAAGGGGGGGGGGAAGCUACAUAUCCAAACAGAAUGGUGAGCCAAAAUCUCAGCACAAAGGACAGAAAGUCAGCACAUACUCCCACCGAGGACCCUUUUAGAUACUCAUCAGGCAACCAAGCAACGGUCUAUGAAAGCAAGAGCUGUCAGCUGUCUAAUUUGUGUCUGAGCAACCUCCUGAAAGAAAAGGAGAUCGUGGAAGUCAUCAAGCAUACUAGAGGCACGUACGAAACCCUUGCUUCAGAGGUCACCCAGAACGGUUUGGCCACCACGGCACCAAGUACAGCAAAGCCAGCACCCAAGGCAGACAGCCACCCAAUGUUCUCAGGAGCUCCAAAAGACCAAACUGCUGUACCUCGGCAGCAUACCACUUUCACAGGGAGACUCGGACAGCCUCCGAGGGGACCCAUCUCUUUACACAUGUACAGCAGAAAAAAUGUUUUCCUCCACCACAAUUUACACACAGCAGAGCUACAGACUUUAGGUCAACAAGAUGGAUAA